AUGGACGGUUACUGGAAGUACGGCUCCCUGGAGCAGAACUAUCGUUACUCUUGCGUAAAUGUAACGAUGACGUACGAAGAGAUGUCCGCGCGCCAUGAGAAGCAUGUUUUCCUUGGCAUCAUCUUCAUCAUCUCCGGGAUUUUCUUUGAGAUCUGCUAUAUGCUAUCAAUGUCCGUCAUCUGCACCAAGGAGUUCCUUCAGAUGUCUUGCUACAAGCUGAUGAUGUGUUUGGGUAUCAUCGACAUAAUCACCAUCCUGAUGAGUAAUUUCUUGUGCGGAUUCUUCUACAUUGUCGGCACCGAGUACUGUAUGUAUCCACACCUCAUCUAUUUGACGGGAGCUAUGGUAGAUGGCUUUUUCAAUGCGUGCUGUCUCUGCUGCACCAUCCUCGUCUUCAACCGCCUGGUCGACAUCUGGAAGCCGCACAUCGGACAGAUGCUCUUUAAGGGCGGUCGUACCUGGAUCUGGGUGGGUAUCGUCAUUAUCUAUGCCCUCUGGUUCGCCACAUAUCCGCCACCAGCCCUGUUUAAUGCCGAUUACGGUACCGUCAUCUACCAUCCGCUGAUCCCGGGCAAGGAGCAUUUGGAGUACGGAUCAAUCUACCAAACGGUGAACAAUUUCGUCGUGGCCAUCGUCAUCUUCAGCUGCUACGCCUUGAUCUACAUCAUCCACUCGACACGCCUCCGAGGUAUCAAACUGCUUCAACUACAACAAAUCGGUGGCCUCCUUCUACUUGACGACCUCGACCGUCAAGCCAACUAUGCCCCAGGCUUCUUCGACAAUCGAAAAACAAUCGAAGAGCGGCAG